UUCUGGGAUAUCCUCCGAAGAGGUGGCAUCAGCUUGGAUCAAAUUAUUAAACGACGUGUGUGUAGCAAAUGAACGCGACCACCGUCACAGGGUCGGGUAGAUAAGGAUAGACAGAGCCAAGGAGCAGCUGGGUGAAAGUCUGGCUUUUGGAUUAAUAAUAGAAAUUCCACACAAACUGCAUCCAUAUGGGUAUUUAAACCCGCGGCAAGGAAAAAGUAUGUAAUGCAAAGAGUGAUUGCUUAGGCGGUUCUGUUUGGAAAUGACCAUUUGCAAUUGAAAGCGACUCUCCUCUGCUGCAGAAAGGAGGUGAAACUGACCCGGAAGGGAAGUUGGGAUUUGCCAGAAAGGGAAUUGCAGCAAUCUUGGAAUCUUGCAGCCUGCAGUUUUAGUUCGGGAUCACUCUCGCCUCGGUAUCAAUCAUCCCAACAAUAACAUCGCCCACAUAUAAAUCCUUUAUUUGUACCAUGCUGGGUCGUAAAGUGACAUUAGCGACGUGCGCAUUGAACCAGUGGGCUUUAGAUUUUGAAGGAAAUCUUCAAAGAAUUUUGAAAAGUAUUGAAAUAGCAAAGUCAAAAGGAGCAAGAUACAGAAUUGGACCUGAGCUGGAAAUCUGUGGCUAUGGCUGUGGCGACCACUACCUGGAAUCUGAUACUGUGCUGCACUCCUUCCAAAUGCUAGCAGAACUCUUGGUCUCUCCAGUUACUGAAGACAUUAUUUGUGAUGUAGGCAUGCCAGUCAUGCAUAAAAAUUCCCUCUUCAACUGCAGGGUGAUCUUCCUCAACAAAAAAAUUUUGUUAAUUAGACCAAAGAUGCUGAUGGCAAAUGGUGGUAACUACAGGGAAUUACGAUGGUUCCUGCCAUGGAAUAAACCAAGGGCAGUGGAAGAGUAUUACCUCCCAGAAAUAAUCCAGUCUGUGACAGGACAGGAAACGGUUCCAUUCGGUGAUGCCGUCUUAGCAACAAAGGACACCUGUCUUGGAAGUGAAAUAUGUGAGGAACUCUGGGCUGCUAAUAGUCCUCACAUCACCAUGGCGAUGGAUGGGGUGGAGAUAUUUACCAAUUCUUCAGGGAGCCACCACGUUCUUCGUAAAAGUUAUUUGAGGACCGACAUUGUAAAGUCAGCUACUGCAAAGAAUGGUGGAAUAUACCUCCUCGCCAACCAGAAGGGCUGUGAUGGUGAUCGCCUGUAUUAUGAUGGCUGUGCUAUGAUUGCUGUAAAUGGACAUAUUGUGGCUCAAGGAUCUCAAUUUUCAUUGGAUGAUGUGGAAGUUCUAACUACCACUCAGGAUUUGGAAGACAUAAGAGCCUAUCGUGUAGACAAGAUCAAUAGAAGAUUGAUGGCAAAUGAAGUAUAUCAUCGAGUGAGCGUCAGCUUCACACUGUCCUCAGCGGAUGAUGUCUACAUGCCCUCUAUUCAACCCAUUCAGAUCCGAUACCAUACUCCUGAAGAAGAAAUCAGUCUUGGACCUGCCUAUUGGCUGUGGGAUUAUCUCCGACGUAGUUCUCAGGCUGGCUUUUUUCUACCUCUCAGUGGGGGCAUUGAUAGCUCAGCUACAGCCUGCAUUGUCUAUUCCAUGUGUUGUCAAGUGUGCUCUGCUGCAACAAAUGGAAAUCAGCAGGUGCUGGAAGAUGCCCGGAGGGUUGUAAAUGACCCUAAUUACAUUCCCAAAGAGCCACGGGAACUCUGUCAACGCAUCUUUACCACUUGCUACAUGGCCAGCGAGAACUCGUCUCAAGAUACCUGUAACCGGGCCAAAGAGCUAGCCGAGCAAAUAGGCAGUCAUCACAUCAACCUGAACAUUGACUCUGCAGUGAAGGCUGUGAUUAUGAUUUUCAAUUUGGUAACCGGCAAAUUACCACAAUUUACAGUGCAUGGUGGCUGUAGCAGGGAGAACUUAGCUCUCCAGAAUUUGCAGGCUAGGAUCCGAAUGGUGCUUGCCUAUCUCUUUGCUCAGUUGAGUUUAUGGACUUUUGGGAAACCUGGAGGAUUGUUGGUUCUGGGUUCAGCCAAUGUGGAUGAGAGUCUUAGAGGAUACAUGACCAAGUAUGAUUGCUCCAGUGCAGAUAUCAAUCCAAUCGGUGGCAUCAGUAAGACUGAUCUCAGGAACUUUAUCCAGUACUGUAUUGAAAACUUCCAGCUCACAGCUCUCCGAAGCAUUAUGUCUGCUCCACCAACUGCUGAACUGGAGCCACUGGCAGAGGGACAGAUAGCACAGACAGAUGAGGCCGAUAUGGGAAUGACGUACGCGGAACUGUCAGUGUAUGGGAAACUAAGGAAGAUUGCGAAGUGUGGCCCUUACAGCAUGUUCUGCAAAUUAAUUCACAUGUGGAAAGCCAUCUGCACUCCUAGGCAGGUGGCUGAGAAAGUAAAGCAUUUCUUCCGCAUGUAUUCUAUUAACCGGCACAAAAUGACUACGCUGACUCCUGCAUACCAUGCGGAAGACUAUAAUCCUGAUGACAAUCGGUUUGACCUCCGACCAUUUCUGUACAACAUUACCUGGUCUUGGCAGUUCAAGUGCAUAGAUAACCAGGUCACAAAACUGGAAAGUACUCAAGGAAAUUGUGUUGAUGCUGUUUGCAAUGAGCUCAACUGAGUGCUACUACCUCAGUGUUAAGUACAGGCUCCUUGGAUGGAUGUAGCCUACCAUGUAUUCAUAGAAUCAGACUGCAAAACUUGUUGAUACAUCUGAUCCAAAAAUAGCAUGAUUGGUUCUAAUCAAAAUGCUUUCUUAUUGUGUGAUAAUACUUGAGGUUUUCCUUCACUUUAAUACUACCAACAUGUAUUUAAUUUGGACCUUUAACAUAGCAAUACCUCCCAAGUUGCUUCACAGAACUAUGAUCAAGCAAACAUUAAGACGAUGAACAAAAGGCUUGGUUGAAGAGAGCUUUUUGACCCAAGCAGGUGGAUCGAUUCAUGCAGGGAAUUCUUUUACAUCUACAAUAAUAACAAGAAGUGAUCCUCAAAAAGCAGGAAAAAUCCCACCCACCUAAUUACUUCCCAUUAUCACUAACCUCAAUGAUCAGCAGCACAGUGCUCUGAAACACUUAUGAAUUGAUGCUCCAUUUGGAUGAUACAAGCAGCACACAGUUCCAGAUCCCACCACAGCCUUGGACACAAGGACAGAAUUCCAGAGGCAAUGCAAGACUGAGUACCCUUGACAUUAAGGCAACACAGACGUGGGCCGAAGGGCCUGUCACUCCAUUGUACUGUUCUAUGACACUUAGUAAAAUAGAAAUCAUUUGGAAUUGGGGGGAAACUCUCCGUGGGCUGACAUAUUAUCUCACUCAAAGGAGUUGAGAUUGUUGCAAACCAAUCCUAUCAACUCCAAGACAUUUCUGCAAGAGUUCUGUAAGGCAGUCUCGAGGGCUCAACCAUCAUGAACUGUUUCAUCAGUAACCUUCUCUCUAUUGUAAAGUCAGAAAUGGCCAUGAUUGAUGUAGUUCCACUUCCUACUGCUCAGAUAAUGGAACAGUCCAUAACUGUUUGCAACAAGACAUAAGACAACAUUCAGGCAUAGCAAAUAAUAAUUGUGCCUCAUAACUGUCUGGCUGUAUAUGCCAACUCUCCAUGCAAUCCCAUCAGUCCCAUUCCCCCACUUAUUUCCCUGUAAACUAUUCUUUUUGAUAUGCCCAAAAGUCUACCCUUGAUUACCUUGCCACCUUAUCCAAUACUUGGAGUAAUUUACAUUCACCAAUCAACCUACUAACUAGCAUAUCUUUGGAAUAUGGGAGGAAAUGUGGUGACAGGGAGAAUGUGCAGAUUCUGCACAGUCAGAAACCAAAAUCAUGAUUGAACCCAGGUCACUGGAACUGUGCAGCAAUAGCACUAACUGCUGCAACACGGUGUGUCACCCAUGAAGAAAAUGAUAUCCCUGAACUGACACAAACAUGAACAUUGAAUUAAAGGAAGAAAAAAAUUGAGGAAACGUGGUAUAUUAGAAAGCCAUUCAGCUGCCAGAAUCUGUACAGUCACUGAGAUGGGGACUGAUCUUCAUCCAGCUGCCAUCUCCUUAAAUAUUUGGCUCACAAUCAAUCUUUUCUUCACUUUUCCAGAAUGUUGUGGUUCUGCUUUUAAGAUUCUGUCCUCAUCAAGAGAAAAUGUUUCUCUUUGCCUUAUUAAUUCUUGAUAUCCUCAGAGAAGUCACUUUUUAAAUCUAUAUAUCAGGCAGGCACGGUUCUGCAGCAAUUAGCGUAACGCUAUUACAGCGCCAGCAACCCGGGUUCAAUUCCGGCCAAUGUCUUUAAGGAGUUUGUACGUUCUCCCAUGUCUGUCUGGGUUUCCUCCGGGUGCUCUGGUUUCCUCCCACAUUCCAAAGAUGUAUGGGUUAGGAAGUUGUGGGCAUGCUGUGUUGGCGCCAGAAGCGUGGCGACAUUUAUGGGCUGCCCCCAGAACACUCUACGCAAAAGCUGCAUUUUACUGUAUGUUUCCAUGUAUA